UGAAACGAAACAAUUCUUGCUGGACUGCAUAUCAUCCCGCCUCCAAACUAUUCCCUGCGUGCUAUUAAAGCAGAGGAGACAGCACUGCCGGACCACGACCUCACCGGAGAACAAUGGCCAAUGCGGUGCCGAGCCAGAAGGCCAGCGAGGCCGCAGCGGUGGCGGCACCGACGCCAAAUCCGUUCGAGUUUCAUGUGUACGGCCCGCGCAACCUGCCGUCCCCCAGCUGGAGAGAUCUCCUCCGCUCAAGCUGGAAGGACCCCAACUACCGGCGCAUGGUGAUCGCGUGCUUCAUCCAGGGGGUGUACCUGCUGGAGCUGGACAGGCAGGAGAAGCGCGAUGAGCGCACGGGCCUCGCGCCGCAGUGGUGGCGGCCGUUCAUGUACAGGCUCGCCCAGGUGCUCGUCGACGAGCGCGACGGCUCCAUCUACGGCGCUGUGCUCGAGUGGGACCGCCAGGCCGCGCUGUAUGGCUACGUCCCGUUCCGCCCCACGGGCGCGCCGGCCGCCGUCGUGGCGCUCCGUGGCACGCUGCUGAGGGCGCCCACGUUCCGGCGCGACAUCGAGGACGACCUCCGGUUCCUGGCCUGGGACAGCCUCAAGGGCUCCGUACGCUUUGCCGGCGCGCUGGCCGCGCUGCGAGCCGCGGCGCGCAGGCAUGGCGCGGGCAACGUGUGCGUGGGCGGGCACUCGCUGGGCGCCGGGUUCGCGCUUCAGGUGGGCAAGGCGCUGGCCAAGGAAGGCGUGUUCGUGGAGUGUCACGUGUUCAACCCGCCAUCCGUGUCGUUGGCCACGAGCCUCAGGGGAUUCGCAGAGACGGCCGGCGAGAUGUGGGGGCGCGUGCGCGCGUGGCUGCCCUACGUGGGUUCCGGCCAGGCCGCUGAUGCGGGCGGCAGCGAGGCGAAAGCGUCGCUGGAGAGCGCGGGGACGGGCAGGUGGUUGCCGCACCUGUACAUCAACACCAACGACUACAUCUGCUGCUACUACACCGACGCGGCGAGCGGGACGGCGACCGUGACUGCCAGAGGAAGCAGCGGGAGCGGCAGGGCGGCGUGUGGAGGGGACGGCGGCAAGGGCAAUACGGGGCUUGCGAGGAUGGUGCUGGUGUCCAAGGGGCCGACCAAGUUCCUGGACGCGCACGGGCUGCAGCAGUGGUGGGUGGACGACGUCGAGCUGCAGGUGGCGCUCAACCACAGCAAGCUCAUCGACCGCCAGCUCAGGUCUCUCUACGCCGCGCCAUAGGUGAGGCUGCAGUAGUUGAGACUUGAGAAUAGUAUCAGU